UCGACACAAGAUGACGGGACUCACGCUGUACGUUCCUGUCCGGACCUCGCCGGAGCCUCCACGUUCGACGAUGACAGGCUUGCCACGCUGCCGUAGCCCUUAGGCAUGCGCGACGGGCAUUGGGAGCCACUAAGAAACGAACUGUAGCCCUACGAUUUCCCCCGGGUUUGCGCGCUCGCCGAAGCUCGGACUGCUCGCGGACCGGCCUCCGUCGUCCGACUUCUCCCUACUCGGAAAGUUCAGCUUGCUGUUGGCAGGUCGCCGGGCAAACAGUGUGUGAGAUGGGACGGACGUCGAAGGACAAGCGGGAUGUCUACUACCGCCUGGCCAAGGAGAAUGGCUGGCGUGCCCGCAGUGCCUUCAAGCUGCUACAACUUGACGAGGAAUUCCAACUCUUCCAAGGCGUGACACGGGCAGUUGACCUGUGUGCAGCCCCAGGCAGCUGGAGUCAGGUGCUGAGCCAGAAGAUUGGGGGCCAGGGGUCUGGCCAUGUGGUGGCUGUGGACCUUCAGGCUAUGGCUCCUCUACCAGGUGUGUUACAGAUCCAGGGGGACAUCACCCAGCUGUCCACUGCCCAGGAAAUCAUCCGGCACUUUGAGGGCUGCCCCGCGGACCUAGUGGUGUGCGACGGGGCUCCUGAUGUAACUGGCCUCCAUGAUGUUGAUGAGUAUAUGCAGGCCCAGCUCCUCCUAGCCGCUCUGAACAUUGCUACACACGUCCUGAAGCCAGGGGGCUGCUUUGUAGCCAAGAUCUUCCGAGGCCGGGAUGUGACGCUGAUCUAUAGCCAGCUGCGUGUCUUCUUCUCCAGCGUGCUCUGUGCCAAGCCCAGGAGCAGCCGGAACUCCAGCAUUGAGGCCUUUGCUGUGUGUCGGGGCUAUGACCCCCCUGAGGGCUUCCUGCCAGACCUGACCAAACCCCUGCUGGACCACUCCUACGAUCCAGAUUUCAACCAAUUAGAUGGUCCCACCCGCAUCAUUGUGCCAUUUGUGACCUGUGGAGACCUGAGCUCCUAUGAUUCGGACCGCAGUUACCCGCUGGACCUAGAGGACGGCUCAGAGUACAAGUAUACUCCGCCCACGCAGCCCCCCAUCUCUCCACCGUACCAGGAGGCCUGCACGUUGAAGAAGAAGGGGCGGCUAGCCAAGGAGAUUCGGCCCCAGGACUGCCCCCUCAGCACAGUGGAUACGUUGCCCCAGCCCCUGGCCGCCCCACCACGCCACACCCUGCUGGCCUCUGAGGUGGAAGACAAUGAAAUGAAUUGUUCACCUUAACACAUUAAGUUCCCUGGCAGUCUGUUACAACUCGGAAGCUGUUUGCUGUCAGGAAAACCAAAACUCACGUUGAUGAACUUGUUUUCGACUAUCUCAUCGACGGGUCCUGAACAUACACGCACCGAGUGGGAACCUGCAACAAGCCCCGAACACAGCAAGGAAAGAAACGUUACGGGACGUCCGUCUGCACUCACAAGGGCUUCCUGAGGUCUUGCCUCUUCUCUCAAUCUUCCCAGUGGUAUCCUGAUUCUGUCCAGAAUUUACCCCAAAAGCAGAUUCUUACCCUGGGUAGAAGUCAGGGGUAUCUGUGAACUUGAUGGAGGAAAAUGUUACACCUUUCUUUUCACUAAUAGGAGCUUUACUCCCAAGUGUGAAUGCUGGCAGCAAAUCACAGUAGUAAAAACAGUGCCUGGGACUUUCCCAGCGAUGCAGACCACGGGGACUUAUGUUAUGUGACAGUCGCCGCAGGCCUCUUCACAUACGUUCAACGUUCUUCCUUCUUUGAAUCCGAAGAUCUUACAAUUUGAUGUACUAACUAAAAAGUCCAUAUGUUA